CUUCAGUUUCCAGAGAACAGUGGCCAAUUGCAGAACUCCAAAUGGGAUGAGCAGCAAAAGGUGUUUGCCCUCGAACAGAUCUGUGGAGUGUUUCGGGUUGACUUGGGACAAAUGAGGUCUCUCCGCCUUUUCUUUAGCGAUGAGGCCUGUACCAGUGGGCAGCUGGUUGUUGCUAGCCGAGAAAGUCAGUACAAGGUCUUCCAUUUUCACCAUGGUGGGCUGGAUAAACUGUCAGAAGUUUUUCAGCAAUGGAAACACUGUACCGAGACUCAUCUCAAAGACCAGUUUUCCUCCUGUUCAGCAGGUCUCCAAUGAAAAGACUUGUAUGCAGUUCUCCAUCCGACGUCCCAAGCUCCCUUCUUCAGAGACCCACCCAGAGGAGAAUAUGUACAAAAAACUGGAUGUCUCCACCUGGCUUAACCACUUGAAUGAAUCUGGGCAGGUGGAAGAGGAAUAUAAGCUACGUAAGGCCAUUUUCUUCGGCGGCAUUGAUGUGUCAAUCCGGGGUGAGGUCUGGCCCUUCCUGCUGCGCUAUUACAGCCAUGAGUCCACAUCGGAGGAGCGAGAGGCACUGAGAGCACAGAAGAGGAGGGAAUACUCAGAGAUCCAACAGAAAAGGCUUUCAAUGACUCCAGAAGAACAGAGAGAAUUCUGGCGCCAUGUGCAGUUCACUGUUGACAAAGAUGUGGUUCGGACAGACAGAAGCAAUCAGUUCUUCCGAGGAGAGGACAACCCAAAUGUGGAGAGCAUGAGGAGAAUUUUGCUGAAUUAUGCGGUAUACAAUCCAACCAUUGGCUACUCCCAGGGCAUGUCAGACCUGGUGGCUCCCAUCCUGGCUGAGGUUCUAGAUGAAUCAGAUACCUUCUGGUGCUUCGUAGGUUUGAUGCAGAACACGAUCUUUGUCAGUUCUCCCCGAGAUGAGGAUAUGGAAAAACAGCUGCUAUAUCUUCGUGAGCUGCUUCGGCUGACCCACCUACGUUUUUACCAGCACCUUGUUUCUUUGGGGGAGGAUGGUCUACAGAUGCUUUUCUGCCACCGCUGGAUCCUUCUGUGUUUUAAGAGAGAGUUUCCGGAUGCAGAGGCGCUGCGCAUGUGGGAAGCAUGCUGGGCUCAUUACCAGACAGACUACUUCCAUCUCUUUAUCUGUGUGGCCAUUGUGGUGAUCUAUGGUGAUGAUGUCAUUGAACAACAGCUGGCCACUGACCAGAUGCUUCUGCACUUUGGAAAUCUGGCCAUGCACAUGAAUGGGGAACUUGUACUCAGGAAGGCGAGGAGUUUGCUCUAUCAAUUUCGCCUCUUGCCCCGGAUCCCAUGUAGUCUACAUGACCUCUGUAAACUCUGUGGGACAGGCAUGUGGGAUAGUGGUUAUAUCCCUGCUGUGGAGUGUACCGGGCACCACCCUGAAUCUGAGAGUUGUCCCUAUGGUGGGACAGUGGAGGAACCUUCUCCAAAAUCUGCCAGUGAAGGCAAGAAGGGCCCCAAGACUCGAGAGGUCUUCAGCUUCCGCAAAUAGGACCAAUCCAUAGAGCUGGAGAGAGGUUGGAGGGGAUGUUUCUAGGGGAAAUGUCUAAUUCAGGGCCAUCAGAAUUAGAUAAAUCCUUAUCUGAUAAUAGGGUAUAAGAAAAGAAUAAGCAGUGUUUACCAAAAAUAUCAUGGAAAAAUGGAGAAUUUUUCUUUUUUAAUGGCAACAUCAGAAACCAGGAGAAAUAGGAAUGAAGAUGUGACCACCAACUCAAAGAAAAUUCAACAGAAUGACAGAAUAAGGUAGCAGAAGAACUUUUCUUUCCUGUUUGAACUGAGGAGUAAUUUUCAGAAUAAUCCACACCCCCAUCACUGACCCAGAUUCAUUAGCAACUAAACUUCAAACAUAGAAAGACAGGUAGUAAGGAAGACCAAGCUUUCUAUAUUGGAAAGCAUAUAGAUUAAGAGCAGUCCUCAGGUGAAAUCUUGAAGCUAAAUCUUUAAGUGAUCUUUCUCUCUGUCUCUGUCUCUCUGUCUCUCUCUUUCUCUUGAUAUAUCAUGCACAAAUUUUCUUUCUUGAAACCAAAACCUACUGCCUAAGUGACUUCCAGUUUGAGCCAUAAAAGUUGUCACUAAAAAUAGCCCAGUUGAUUGGGGGAUACUGAGACAGUGUAGGACUUGGAGAGUUUGUGACUUUACAAAUAUACCACUAGCUUUUUAUACUUCCUUACAUCUAAAAGAAACUGCCUCCUCUUGAGUCAAUGUAUGAUUGUAUGAUUCAUCUCAUUUGGCUUCUUUCACAGAGCUAACAGGUUUUCUACAUAAGAGUUUUGCCUGCUUCAUUGCUUAAUUCCAUUAUAGUAGCCAAAUGGUGUUUGAAUGAGCAAGAGUAUCUUGUGUGAUUGUAUGUGUGUCUAUAUGAGUCGUGGAAAAAAGAGAAUUCAUUUAAGGGGAAUGACAGCUCUCUUUGAGUGUCCUUCUCAAAAGUAUUUGCCUACUGCUGGGUGUGAUCCUGACUUUCAAAUAGCCAAAUAUUGUCACAUAGUAUUUAGUAUUUAGGACUGCCUCCAUUUCCUGUGUCCUCCCAAUCCAUUUAUUCCUAGUAUAAAAAGAUUGGGCUAUAUGUCCCUGCUAGAAUUUGGCAGUAGAAUGGCAUAAUCUGUGAGAAUCCUUUUGGUCAUCCUGAAAAGGAAUAAGAGUGCCAAGUCCCUUCACUGAAAAACUUUGCUUGAAAUGGUGGACAAGCAGACCUCAUUCCUCAUUGAUGCUUUAGGUUCCAGCUUCUGAAUAAAGUAUUUUUUUCUACUCCCAGUUAUAUAAGUUGAAAGGUUAAGCUGAAUUGUAUCAUUUUAAAAGAUCCUUAUCAGCAAUAAAGAUGAAGUUACCAGCUGCUUUGCUUUUCAUCACACUCCACAUUCCUGAAAUCCAAAAUCCAUUAGAGAAGGGACCUUAAGACCAAAGGCUGAAAUUAAACCAAAAUUUCAAGUUUUUCUCCCAGAACUUUUUUGGACAUAGUUUUAGAAUCAUCAGAUCUGGAUAAGCCUUUAUUACCAUUGGGGAAUAUGAGUCUGGGAGUGUUGCAGUUGAACUUUUUUGUAGGAAAGAGGACACACCAAUUAUCUUUAUUUUGUACUAGAAAAUUCCCGUAAGACAUAUUUCCGCUGAAGAAUAUUGAUUUAAAUUACCUGUCAACUUCUCAGGGAGGUUUGAGAGAUAGAAACACAAAAGCAGUUCAACUAUAUUCAUCCUUGUCUACUGCCAUUGUCCAGAGAAGAGAGAUCCUCGAUCAUGCAAUAAUUGGUUCACCUUCCAACUAUUUUGGUUUUCCCCACAAACACAAAGGCUCCCUUCAUAAUUUGGAUCCCUACCUCUUUUCCCCUUAUCCAUGGAAGGAGCACUUGUUUGUGUUGGUACCAUGUGCCUUCAAACUGCUGCCUUCCAUACAGCUGCAGGUUUCCAGUGACCCAGUGAUGGAAGAGGCUUGUUGGUAUGCCCAGACGGAAAGUAUUCAUUCUGAAUUCUGCCAACUUCUCCACAACCAUAACCACAGAACUCCAUUCUCUACAACCACCCAAACCAGCUGACUGUUUCCCAUUAAGGGAAUGGAAACAAAGCGCCACCUGCUGUCUGCCUUUGUCAUUACCACAUGGUUUAUACUCUGGCCCUCGUGGAUUGGGGUGGGGUAGUUAGCCCAUUGAAAUUUUAGCCUGCAAAACAGCAAGGGUCUGUGAAAUCACUGCUGUGGCAAGCUCAGCAGAUUUGCCUAGAAAAAUUCUUAAUAUUUGCUGCUAUAGAGAGGCCUAUGGAAAAGCUCCUCUCAUACAACUUACUCGAUCUGGAUACAAUUAGGAGUAAACCAGUCAAAAACCCUGGAGCAGCUGUUGCCCUAGGAUUAUUCCCAACCAGCAAAAAUCAUUAGAGUGAUAAUUCAGUCAUUAGACUUCUAGCCUUUCCACCAUCAGAAUGUGCAAAUAGGGGUUAAGAAGUCCUCUAUUCUCAGUAAUGUAGCUUAUUUAACUCAUUUUUUAAAUGUAGCUUAAUUUUAUUGGUUGCCUUGUGCGUGUAUGCGCAUACUUAAAAAAUUUCAAAGCAUUCAAGCCCCACUAAUUUCUGCCAUUGAUGUUACACAAAUUUGUUUCAAGGCCCCUGGGAGAAGAAUUGUAACCUUUGAUGUAUGUGAGGAAGGGUAUACUGAUGCAGAGGGGUGGACAGUUUAUAGCAAAGAGAGUGUUUCUAUGAAAUCUGAUUUACCAUGCUGUUCAGGAAGCCCAUAUUGAUGACACUUGAAUGGUGAAGAUCUAGAAGGAUGGGAAAAGAAUAUUGCUGAGUUAAGGACUUUGCAUUCAAAACAAAGUCAUCUUGUUCCUGGGAAAGUCUUUAAAUUUGUUAUGUUGGGUACAUUGCUUGAGUUUUUCUUCUAAGCUAGAGAAACUCAAACCUGAAAUCACAACACUUAGAUCUCUGAUUUCCCUUUGAAAAGGUAGUAAAUCUCUUAAUAGGUUUUCCUCAGGGAAUAUUAAUAGCAGAUCCUUCACUAAAGGCUUUUUUGGGAAGUCCAAAUAAUCUUUUUUUUGGCAAAGUUGUGAAAAUGCAGUUUGAACUCCAUAGUCUCUGAAGUUUUAUGAUUGUUAAUUGCGAAUUAUUUCAAUGGAAUGCCUAAUUUAUUAUAUUGAAAAUUGAAUAAGAUAAGGGUCAUAUAGAUUUUUCUGUUUUGUUUGGAACAUUGUCAUAAGGAUUGAUAAGAUGGCUGUUGCAUUGUCCACAGGAUAUGGGAAGAAGAAAGGAUAUGAUAGGAUGAUCAGACUGGGAUUGAUGUAUGAAGGGGUUACAUUCAAGUGAGUGAUUUGCUAUAUUAUCACUCAUGCUCUGUAAAUCUAAUUCACUUGCUCUCAUUUCAAUUUUAUAGGCAACAUUUGACUAUAAAAUUCUGGGCAAUUCCAGAGCAAGCCUACAUAAAUAUUGAUGGGAAUAAAGAAGUUAGGAGAGGACUUGAGUUUUCUAGGUCUAGGUCUAUGUAGAUUCUUUAAUAUCUUUUUAAGUAACAAUAUAUUGAUGAGACUGUGAUCAAUCUCAUUGUAAGAUUAGAACUUCACUGAUAAAACAAAAAGCAAAGUCCUGUCUGAAUAAGUGAUUAGGAAUAUUCAUAAAUAAGAAUGGCUCAGAAUUAUGUGAGAUUUAGUUUUGAAACAUAAAUCAUUCUGAAAUAGUAGGCCACAGAAUUAAUGUUUGGGAAAAGAAAAAACUGAGAAGCUUAAGAAGAGAGAUAAAAGAAAAAAUGGCUCAUAGUUAUUUAUGUCAUUAAAAUCUAAGGGCACUUAGAGUCCUACCUCCCUGCCCCCAACUGUCAAUGGGCAUUAGCAGGGUUGCACUGAACUUAGAUGAAUCACAGAGAAUGAAGUGUCCCAUUUAGUUCACUGAUCUCCUCAGGCUCUCGCUUGCUUUGGAAAUCCAUCAGUGAUUGGUUAGUUCUUGGAUUGGGAAUGAAUUAUCUUUUGCAAUACUAAAGGAAGGACCUGAACAAGUUCCUCAGGCAAGUGAUAGACUCUCCUUUUGUUGGAGAACUUUACCAUACUGCUGAAUCUAAAACCUGACAGUCUAUAUUCAGCCUCAGAAGGUGGCAAUUCUUAAAUUGAAGCCAAAAGGACUAAGUUAUUUUGUUUUAUUUUUAGACAUGAGAAUUAUAAACAGUAUUCAUCAUGACUUCCACUUUACAAAGAAGGUUAGUUGACAUCGGUGUUAGUGGAAAUGGGUGUAAGAGACAUUUAUGUUUGGAGCCAAAAGAAUUUUUUUGGAAGUCUACCCCUACCACCUUUGUGUAUGAUCUUACCUUGAGAUGCAUAUCACCUUUUUGCUUCAGCUUUCUCUCUAAAACCUUUUCAUUCUUUCCUUCCUUGAAACAUAUUCAUCCUUUAUAGGGAUGUGUUAUAAUAAAUAAGCUUAAAGUAUUAACUGCUUCAACGGUACUGUUGAAAACUGUACAAGGUUAUGAUUUCAGAACUUGUGAUGCUAUAAAUUGGAUGGAUGGAUGUGCUUACUGUGUACCAUAGUACUAUGCUAAGUUCUGAAGAUAUGAAUAAAGAUAGGUCUUUAUUUUAGAAUUUACAUUCCAAUUGGGGAGUGUCACCUUGGAACACUUUAGGUCCAAAAGUUGGAUGAUGAAUCUGCCCAAAGGGGCCCAGUACUAAUAACAGACCUUAUCCAAAAACAAUGGCAGACUUGAUUUGGUCCCUCAGUGGGAGGAUGGGAGUAGCAAGGUGCUUGGAACUGUUCUAAUUGGUGAGGACCUUUCUUGGAUUACUAUUUUAAGAGAUAGGGUCCUUUAAGAGAUGAAAGAGACUUUAGAGUUCUUCUCUGUUCACCCCUCUCAUUUUAGAAGAUGAGGAAAUAAGUCUGAAGGGAAGUCAGUUAGCAAAACUGGAUUUAGAACCCAGUAGCAAGUAGUUAAUGAAUAUUUGUUGUGAUUUGAGAUGAAUUGAACUUAUGUUCUAUGUGGACAAUUAGUCCUUGAAACUAAGAUUGAAGUCUUGACUUCCAGUCACUGGAGCUUCAGUUAGUAAUUGGUCAAAUGUAAGCACAGUUAUCUAUUUCUCUGAUUUGAGCAUAACUUAACAGUGAGAUAUUAUGACUAGAACAUUCAUUUGGUCCUGUUUUGGGUCUGGUGAAAUGAUGUAAUCAUUUUCACUCUCUGUGAAGUCAUAUUGUUCUAGAUCUUUGUAAUCUCUAGAACUCUGAUCUAAAUUCAAAUUCUAACUUGGACAUGUAAUAAUUUGUGACCCUAUACAAAUUAAUUGUUCAUCUUUCUGAUAUUCUUUUCAUUGAGAAAUGAUAAUACUUGUACUACCUCCCUUGCAAGGUUAUUGUGAGAAAAUCACUCUGCAAAUCUUUAAAGCACUAUAUAAAAGUUAUUCUCCUGACAUCUAUUCCUUUACCCUUUUAUGACAACAGUGUCUCACAGAUGGGGAGGGAAGCUAAACGAGGACAGCUGCAUAAACUCUCAGCAGAGUAUUAAUGAAAUAGCUCAGUGUGUCUUACUAGGGAAAAGACCUUUGAAGAGCCAUAAGUCUUGUUCUUAGUUCCUUCUCUAGAAUCUGGAAAAACCUAUUUUGUUGGACCUCUAUAGCCUCAGCUCCAGUUUCAAGAAAGACCUGAACAUCAUAUUUGUGAUUUUUUUAUUUAGAAGCAAACCAGGUUAAUAUGCCUCUUAGAACGUUUUUUGUUUUGUUUUGCUUUGUUUUUUUUAAGAGGGAUUGAGUUUAAGUGGAAUCUCAACUAUUUUCUAUUGCAUUUGUAGAAAACAGAAGCUUAAAUAUAAAACUAAAGAAUUAUCAAAUGAGAAUUUGUGUUGAAGGAUAUAUACCUACGCUAGGUAUAUUAUCAGAAUGCUGUUGGAUAUGGCUUUGGGGCCUAGUUGAAAAACACCUACAAUACAGAAGGCACUAAAACAAACAAACAAACAAACAAAAAAAAGACUUUCAGAGCUCUAAUAGGUGGACUCUUUCUGGUUUCAAAUCUAGCUCUUCCCACCAAGCUGCCUCAACCUGAUUUUAUCCCAGUGGUUAUAAGAUUAAAAAAACUUGGCUUCUUUACAUAGGUGUAGAAUAAACAUUCCAGGGUUGGCUGGCCAGGUAUCCAUAAUGUGUUCAACUUCUAGAAGCAACAGGUUAUUACAUUUCUCUAACAAAGAGGUUUUUAAAAAUCCAACAACCUGGUCCCUUGGGAAAAAUAGCUGCUCUAUCACACUUACCUUAAAAAAUAACCCUGUUUUUAAAGCAUCCCCAUCUCUAAAGAUACUAACAAUCUUUUGUUUGAAUUGGCAUAUUUAGCACGUCUUGGCCAUAUUCCAAAUGGAGUCAUAAAUUCAGCAAGUGUAUGAAUGGUGAUCCUGUUCCUAACAUGUUAUCUCCCAGAACAAGCAGCCAUAUAAUAGGGUUCCACUUCUGCAAUACCUAACAAGUCAUAUAAUUGUUAAGCAUUCACAAGAAUGCACACACAAAAAUUGUGAAAAGGGAGAAUAGAAAAUGACAACUUAGAAAGUACCAAAAAGUUCUACUCCCUUUCCCACCACUCAUCAGUCACUGAAAAUAAGCCCUCAGAACAAAAUCUACAACUGCAACCAAAAGGCCUCUCCUGGAAGGUCCAAUGGACUGUGGGGGUUGCCUCUAAAUGAUAUCCCAAUCCAGACACCUGAACAAACAAGACUCAGAAAUUCCCAGUCCUGUCUCUCAAUUUGAAGCCACUGUUUUACCUUUUGAAGGUGAAGGCCAAGGCCAGUUGAGAAAAUGUUGUCAGUUGUAUGAAAUGGACUGAACUCUGAUGCAAUAUCCCCUUAAUCUUGUUCCUCAAAGCUUUCUUACUGCUUACUGAUCAUUUGAAUCAUAGAUGACAUGCUCUUUCAAAGCCCAGCUCAAAAACAGCUUUCCCUGAAAGUUUCUCAUUAAUCUUAUCAAAUGGCACUUUGUACUCUUUGUAUCAUUCUGUUUGAUAUAUUUAUGACUGUUUUCUUUCUCUACUAAAAAAUAGGAUUACCAUAUAGUAAGUUCCAUGGAAUAAAUGGACAAGUUUUGAGUCUUUCUUACUGUGUGGAGAACUGACACAUGGUAGAGAUACAAGUAGUUCCUAUUCAAGAUAGUUCUUUGUCCUCAAGAGCUCACAUUGUAUUUUGGAGGAGUCAAACCAUAAACCAUGUUCAGUUUAUGGGUAAUGGAAAAACCAAGUAUAAUUGUUCAGUUAUAUUUGACUUAAUUAUCCCAUUUGGGGUUUUGGAAAAAAUACUAGAGUAGUUUACUAUUUCUCCAGCUCAUUUUACAGAUGAGGAAACUGAAGCAAACUGGAGCUUCAGUUAGUAAUUGGUCAAAUGUAAGCACAGUUAUCUAUUUCUCUGAUUUGAGCAUAACUUAACAGUGAGAUAUUAUGACUAGAACAUUCAUUUGGUCCUGUUUUGGGUCUGGUGAAAUAAUGUAAUCAUUUUCACUCUCUGUGAAGUCAUAUUGUUCUAGAUCUUUGUAAUCUCUAGAACUCUGAUCUAAAUUCAAAUUCUUGACUUGCUUAGGAUCACACAACUAGUGUCUGGAGCCAGAUUGGAAGAUUCUAGGCUCUGCACUACAUGCACCAUGUAUCAUCUAGCUGCAGUAGUUACUUUCAGGGGAAAUAGUAGCUAGGUGGGAAGGUCAUUGAGGAAUCUUAGUAGAGUGGUUGUUCUUUUACCUACCUACCAGGGAUGUCCUGAGAUAAUCUCUAACACAGGUAAGGAAGUGAGGGUUGAUUUCCAUCUGAGAGUCACCCUAUUCCUGGUGAGAACUGGUCAUUUGGAUAAUGACAGAAGAAGAGAGUGAUUAAAAAUAAAAUAAGUAUCAGAAUCGGUUCUAAGAAAAAGAUGUUACAGAAUUUCAAGAGACUUCCUCUUUCCUUCAAUCUACACCAGGAAUAUUGGUUUUAAAAUGUGCCAUGCAAUAACUAUAACUAUAAAAAUUAUCUGCUUUCUUUGUGAAGCACACUAAAUACCAAAUUAAUUUUUGCCUACGUGUAGAAAUACGGGUGAAGCAGAGUUUUAGAUUAAGCUGAUUUAGGUGUAGUUCUAGUGAAUCAGAAGGCAGUACAGAAUUUAGCAAAUUACUGACCAAUUAGAAGCAGUUCAACAGAUUUAAGUGAUUUAAGAACAAAUUUCAACCCGUAUGUGUGUUGUAGACAUCUUUGGCAGUGUGGUAAAGCCUAUGAACCUCUCAGAAUAGUAGUUUGAUAUACACAAGCAAAAUACAAGAAAAUUUUUUAAGAAAAAUUUUUUUAAAAAGAAAAUUAUGUGCCAAAGGAUAGGAGGUGGGAAACUUCAUGGACACACAAUAGGUAACUUUGGCUAUAAAGAAUAUUAGGAGCCGACCUCAUGUCUUAGCAGAUUACAAGUACAUUGUCAGACCAGUGUAGUUAAAACAGUUGUUUUAAAAAGCUAAUGUAGUACUGGAGCAUACAAGAGCUAGUAAAAUAUUUUUAUGCAGUUUACCAUACUGGUUCUUUCUAGUUAAGAAAUUCUAUGCAAUUUACACCUACACAUUCUUAGAUUAGUUGGGACAAAUCAGGUCCAAGAAAAAAGAAGCAUGAAAUGAGAUGCAUGAAUGAAGGUUUGAGGAACUGGUAUUGAGGGAUAACAAUUAGUUAUUAGAUAACAUUAGUAAAAUAAUGACCAGUUCUGUUUUUCUCAUAAGGAGAAAAAAGAAAGUCAUCUGUUGCUUUAAAAGACAGGAAAUAGUGUUCUGUUGUUACUAGGAAAUGUAUGAGUAAAUGUGUAGAGAAUAUAUAUAGAGAAAUGUAUUUUAAAGGCUGGAGUUUUAUUCUGUGGUUGUAUGUUUAGUCUUUGAUAUGAAUAUAGUCUUUUGGUUAAAUUGACAGGAUGUAUGUAUGUUUGUGUGAAAGAUGUAUUUCUCAGGAUAUUUUAUUACAGAGGCAGAAGUUGGAGUUGGAAGUUUUUUUUUGUCUUCCAUAGCACAAGGACUUUGCUUUAUGACUCAUAGGUAGUUUUUUUCUAUAAAAUGAGAAUGAAAUAAAUCACUGUUCUCCUGCUCAAAUUUAAAAUUUCUGAUGCUGGAAAAGAUUAAAGAUAAUCUAGUCCAUUUUUCAAUUUGCAGGUAAAAAAACCUGAGUAUUUAUAGGUGUUAAGCAGCAAAGCCAAGAUUCAAAUACCAGCCUUCUGACUCUGAACUCUAGUAUUCUUUCUAUUGAACUGUCUUGAUACAAUAAACAACAGACAUUCUGGAAUAGUAGGAAUCUUGAAAUCAGGGAAUCAGCCCAAAAGAUGGCAAAAUGGUUAAAUAGGUCUCUGCAACCAGACCAGUGUAUUCCCACAAUUGUUAGUCCUUCUUGAAGAGAGGGCAGUGGUGAUGGCAGAAUGCCGGUGAUGUCUUAGCUUGCUAGUGAAUGGGUAGUUAGUGAAACAGUUUCACCUCCAAAGUCAUCAGAGUCCAGUGAUGAUGCAUUUGUCAAGGUGGCUGGCUAUGGCUCCCUCACAAUAUGGUAUUUUCCACUGUGCUAGACCACCAUUGCUUUUGAAGUCUCUCCUCAAAAAAAAAAGUGUCAAAAAGAGUUUAUACUGACUACAAAGUGUCUGGUUGUCCUGAGGAGGUCUCACCCAAUAGCCAAGAAAGCCUUCUGCUCUGAUGCUAAACAGUAGGUGUCCACUGGGAGCAUGUAGCAUUUAUGGGCCAGGAAUGUACCAUCUUUCCUACAGAGAUUUUGUUUUCUUUGUGGUUUCCCAGAAAGACUCCAGGUCAAUCUAGGGUGCUUAGGAAAGGCUCCUCCUAACAGAACAUUAGCCAAGUGAGUGAGCAUGCAUACAGGACUGGCUUUUCCAAAGCUUCAUGACAGUAUUAAAACUAACAAGUACAGAGAACAGACCUUUCUCUGUAG